AUGCAAACACGUUCAACAUUAGAUACAAGUUUAAAUAAUUUAUUUACAAAUAUUGACCGGUUAGGUACACGUGGUUUAUUAUCCUAUGGACAACUUUCAUAUGAUACUAUAUUAACAUCAAUCCAAAAUGCCUUAAUGAUAUCCUUAAUAAGUUAUAAUUUAUGUAAAUCUAGUAUAUUACUUGGACAAACAACAAAAGAAUAUAAUGAAUUAUAUCUACGUUUAAUUGAACGUAAUAAUAAAUUAAUAACUAAAACUCAUGCAUAUGCAUCAUGUUUAUUCAUGAAUUCAUCAAUAAUAUCAUCAUCAGAUAAUAUUCUUAUUGAACUUGUUGAAGAAUUAUAUGAAGGUACUAAACAAUCAUCAACAUUACCAUAUGAAGCUUUACUUUUAUUACGUCCUUUAUCAUUAUUACUUGCAGACAUUAGUUUUUUUUUCGUGCUUUAA